CGCGGCCAUGGAUGAAUGUGGAUGGAUGUGGGUGGGUAUGUGGGGUGGAGGGGGUGGAGGGGACAGCUGCAGCUCGCUCGGGUAUGGUGGACUUGGGGUUGGGAUGCUGGAUGAUUGGAUGCACGGUGCACGGUGCGUGCAUUGCGUGCGUUGCGUGGAAAGGGAGAUCUGUUGAUCUUGGGUUUUGGGUCUGGUAUCGGGUUGGGUGUGGUGUUGGGUGCUGGGUAUUGGGUCUGGUAUUGGGUUGGGUGUUGGGGGAUAUGUACCGUAUCAUAUUCUACCUACGUCCUUUGUCAAGUGGGCCGGGGACGAGCUAGAAAGGUGGUUGAUACACGUGGUAUCACUCGGGUUCAAGACGCAGCCCGGGCAGGUGUUGGACGUGGAAGAUGGAAUGAAGGCGCAGUGCGGAGAGUGAUCCGUUUGGUUUGGUUCGCUGUAGGUUCUAUGGGGUGGUCGGUCGUCCGUCUGUCUGUCUGCCUGUAGAUCGGAACCAGGAACCGGGAAUUUAUGUGGUGGGGGGCAGUGCAGUG